CCUGCUCGAGAGGGCGCCGCUCCGCGGGCCGCGCGGCGCCGCGAUGGCCGGGCGCGGCGAGCCCCUGCGGCGGCUCUGGCGCUGCGACCUCGCCAUGGCCGGGCUGCUGCGGGCCCGGCGGCACGAGGAUCGGGGGGGGCCCGGCGGCUGCUCGCCGAGGGCCACGUCGGGCGGUGGCCGCUGAGCCUGGCUUCCGCGCCCAGCGGGCUGGGCGGUAGCCUGGCGCGGCUGCUGCGGGGGCCGCAGUACACCUCCGAGUACUGCCGCCCAAAGCUCUUCUUUCCGUUCCUGGAGGACCGUGCGCUGUGGCCGUCGAACGACGAGGUCUCGGCCGCGCUGGUGGAGCGGUGGCGCGAUAUUCGCGAGGAGUUCCGGGAGGUGAUGUCGGAGGUGGCGUGCAGCGACAUCAACACGCGCGGGCUCACCGCCCGCGGUCAGUGGAGCAAGGUGCCGCUGUUCUCUCACGGGGUGGCGCACGAGGGGAACCUCGGGCGCUGCCCGGUCACGGCGUCGACGCUGGCCGGGCUGCCGCUCUGCCGCGCGCUGGGAUCGGCCUACUUCUCGCGGAUGGCGGGCGGCACCGCCGUGCGGGCGCACUUCUCGGCGGCGAACAUCAGCUCGCAGGGGGGGGCCCGUGGAUUUGGCAAUCGCCGACGGCAUGUACAGGUGGGCGGAGGGCCGGACACUCGCUUUCAGUGACGCGUUCAUCCACGCCGUCCACCACGAGGAGAGCGCCCCGAGGGGCGUGCUGGUCGUGGACGUCUACCACCCUGGCCUGUCCCAGGCCGAGCGGCGGCUGCUGGAGGACCUGGAGCGAGUCCACCGCAGCUUCUUCCCGGCGGCCUACGAGAACGCCGUGCCUCACUGAGGCCCUGGAUCUCGGCCCCAGCCUGGGCGCACGCGCUGGCCGCCUGGGAAAAGGUGCCCACCGCCUCUCUGAGGCCCUCCGUGUCGGCCUGGGCCUGGCCGCGGGCUAUCGAUGGGAGGAGGAGGAGG